AUGCCGGACGAUGACAGCCUUACAUUGCCACUCCCGUUCGAUGAGCUUUCAGGGGAUGUGGACCUUCAGCCCCCGCAAACGCCGUGGAAAAAUACUCGUCUGACACUUCGGGAGCCUAGCGAGGAGGGCCUAUGGUUGAACCACUUUUUGGGCGCUACAGGAUCAGAGUUUGAUGCCUCAUCGAGCCUGAACUCUCCAAAGCAAAAUUUAGAGCCUCAUUGCGAGAUGCCACUUGCACGAACCCUCCAGGACCAUUCCUCUAUGCUGGUGGAGUACUAUUUCAAGGAAGUUUGCGGAAUGAUGUCUUGCUACGACGGCCAACUGAACCCGUACAGAACCAUGAUAUCCAAUGUUUGGUCUGGUUCUCCAUCACUCUACUACAUCACCCAGAGCAUGGCAGCUGCAUGCUUGUCCGAAGUUUCACCCAAUUUCUCUUCUAUCGGUCUUCAGCUUCAAAACCAAGCAGCGCUAUGCCUAUCGGGUGAGAUUCGCGGGCAUCAGAUAGAAACAUCGUCUUUGUUGGCACUGGUGAUGCUUGGGAUGAGUCGCUGCUGGCAUAAUCCUGGCGACAUAGGCCAGUCAGAGUUUGAUACGCUUGCCAGGAUAGUACUGUCUUCCAAGGCCUGCGAGAGCAACACUAGAAUGGCCGACGAAGAGAAGAGAUUUUUUUUCCAUAACUCUCUUGUUUAUUGGCAGGUUCUGCUCUCCUUUAUCUCUGAUAGGGAACCCGACGUCCGGGGCAUAAGACACAACCGCCCUCAGCCCGCCCCAUCAGAUGAGCUGGAAUCACAUGAACCGCAAAUGCCGCACCCUCAAACUGGCGUGGGGGUUGAAGUUCAGAUGCUUGCCAUGAAUGUUGGAAAUCUCGUCAGAAAAGAACGAAAGCGCAUUCACUCUCGUCGAUUCGCAUCUAGAAACGAUAUUGACCAAGCCCACAAAGCCAUUCUCGAGGCGGAACAGCUACAAUCUCGGCUUUCCGCAAGCCAACUGCCACGUAAAAACACGAUUGUCGACUCGGGUGAUGAUUUGACUCCAGUGGAUCACCUGAUAAAGAUCGCCGAGGCAUACAGGUGUACGGGCCUAUUACAACUUUACCGAAAUUUUCCAGAUCUCUUGCUGCCAUAUGCAUCAUUGAAUGAUCCAACACACGAGUUUAUCACAUUCAGCCCGAUUCCUGACAACUCCCCCAACCCGGAAGCUGGGCUUCCAGAAAAUGCAUGGCUGAUUUAUUUGGCCCUACACAUUCUCGACUUGGUUCAGGACAUUCCUGUGUCAUCAACGAGCCGAUCGAUCCAGCCAUUCUUGCUUGUUAGCAUUUGCAGUGAAUUGGCUCUUGAUCGUACGGGUUGCUCAGUGGCCAGUGCACAGAAACUUCCUUUAGCAAGUCUUGCGUCCAGUCCAAGGUUAAAGACACCGGUAACUGAACUCGACAUUUUGCGCGCAAGGAGAUCUAUUAUAUCCCGCCUUUCCUCCUUUGAAAAUAUGUUGGCUGCAAAGCCUAUACAGCAAAUGCUUCUUCUGGUCAAAGAGACGUGGGCUUGCAUGGACAAGAAUCAACGGGACACGUAUUGGAUGGAUGUCAUGAUGGAUAAAGGAUACGAGACCCUUAUGGGCUGA